AUGGAAAAACAAGUUAGAAAGAAGCCUUCACGCGGUAACGAACUUCAUGUGACAUCAACUCAUUUCGACUCCGAUGUUUCAGACACCUGCUCACAAGAUUCAGAUAACUCCUCAGAUGGCUUUAGUACAGAAGAUUAUGAAGUUGAUGAUAAUGGACUUAUCAGUUUAACAAAGUCCAGCAGCCUAAACCCACAAAACUGGCCAUUUAAAGAAAGGAUACAAUAUACAGUUUUGUAUGCCGUGACAACAUUCUUAGCGCAACUAAAUUCCACAACCAUGUCAUCUGACUACUUUAUUUCGGACAUGUCUUAUCUUUAUAAUAUUGGCCAUGAGUGCAGCAUGCUCGCCACAACAUUGUACGUGCUCGGAAUUGCCGUUGGCCCAAUGGUUUUUGCACCUAUUUCCGAAAUGUAUGGUCGAAAGAUGGGCGUUCUGGUGCCACUUUUGAUUUCCGGUGUUUUUUCGCUAGUGACAUCCGUUUCAUACAAUGUGCCAAGUAUCAUGGUAACCAGAUUUUUGUCCGGCCUAUUUGCUGGGGCUCCGAUUGUUUCGUCUGGAGGUGUGAUGUCAGAUUUGUGGACGCCUCAGGCAAGAGGAGGGGCACUUGCAUUUUAUGCUUGUUUAGUUUCUGCAGGUGCAUUAUUGGGACCAACAAUCGGAUCCCUCCUUAUUCACAGCAAUUCAAGUGCUCAGGGUUGGAGAAUUCCACAGUGGUUGUGUGGACUAGCAGAAUUGGCAUGGUUUCUAAUUAGUUUUGGAGUAGUUAAAGAAACCUAUAGACCGGUGGUGGAAUCAAAAUUGGCUAGAAAACUUCGUCUUUCGGAGCGCUCGUGGAAAUUGCAUUCAAAGCAUGAUACAUGGACAUUCAGUCUUACCGAACUCAUCCAUGUUCAUUUCUUUAGACCGUUUGCUAUGCUUUUAACCCCGAUUGUUUUUCUAAUGGCAUUAUAUGCCAGUUAUGUCUUUGGCCUUUUCUAUCUUAUGAUCACCAACGUCCCCGUGGCAUUUAAUCUUUGCUAUGGAUGGACAGGCACUGUGGCAACGUUGCCUAACAUUCCAUUUUUCAUGGGUGUGCUAAUUGGAAACGGUGUAAAUAUGUUUUGGAGUAAGAAGUAUGGCGAUUAUAUCGAUAAGCAUGACGGAAAAGCAUUACCAGAGGAGAGACUUCCAAUCAUGAUGAUUACUCAAUGGCUUAUGCCUAUUGGAAUUUUCAUUUUUGGCUGGAGCAGUUGGAAAUCAAUCCAUUGGAUUGUUCCCUGCAUUGGUGUGGCAUUUAUGGGCACCGGAUAUAUCACAAUCUUUCAGGGUUGUCUCAACUACUUGGUUGACUGCUUUCCACAUUAUGCGGCAUCAGCUAUCGCUGCCAACACUUUUCUACGUUCAAUUUUUGCCGCAACUUUUCCGUUAUUUGCUAAGCAGUUGUUUACUAAUUUGGGGGUUCAUUGGGGUGCAAGUGUGAUCGGAUUCAUAUCAAUCGGCAUGCUUCCAAUUCCUUUCUAUUUCUUUAAGAAUGGUGCAAGGAUAAGAAUUAAAAAUCCAUACAAUUUGGGUUAG